CAGCUCCCAGGACUUUUGUGAUCGCUGCCGCUCUCUAGUGCCCCGGAAGCUGCCGCUUCUCGGGGGUCAUGAUGGGCAGCAAGAUGGCGUCUGCUAGCAGGGUCGUUCAGGUAGUCAAGCCACAUACUCCAUUAAUAAGGUUCCCUGACAGAAGAGACAAUCCUAAACCCAAUGUAUCAGAAGUUUUGAGAUCAGCAGGACUCCCAUCUCAUUCUUCUUCAAUUUCACAGCAUUCUAAGGGAAGUAAAUCAUCAGACUGGCUGAUGCAUCAGGGUCCACCAGACACUGCAGAAAUCAUAAAAACGUUACCUCAGAAAUAUAGAAGGAAACUUGUAUCUCAAGAAGAAAUGGAAUUUAUCCAACGUGGAGGUCCAGAAUAAUUACUGACACUGAAGCUGCUGUUGUUAUCAAACAAAAGAAUAGUCUUUACAAUAAAGGACUUCCAAAAUGACAAAUGAGAAAUUGUACAUUGAACAAUUUUAAUAAAUAUUCUGUAAAAAGAAAAAAAAAGAAAAGAAAUAUAGAAAAUUUAGAUAGACACUUGUAUCUCUUAAUUUAUGUAUCUUGGUCGGCUUCUCCACAAGCUUACCUAAUUGUUUAUAUACUUUAUACUUAUUAAAGUACACAUUUUAAAAUG